GCAGAGGAAGAGCACAUGGCUGCCUGGUGUUGAAACCACCCCCUUCAGCAGAAAGAUGGUGCAAGUGUUCUGGUGGAGAAGCACAUGUGCGGCUGUGCAGUCCCUCCCCUCUGACAAGUGCAGCAGAGACACGGAAGUAGAGUGAAGGCUUAGUGUGUGUGUGUGUGUGUGUGUAGCUGUGUGUGUGUGUGGAGGGAAUGUAUAAAAGGAGGGGGUGCAUACAUGCUUGGGUCAAAUCAGAAGAAAUAGUGAUGGUGAUGCCAUGAAGGUUUUUGGAAGGUCAGAGGAGAAACGUUCAUUUGGUUCUGAAUGAGAUUUUCAUCAUCUAUAUUUCCUUAUUCCUUCCUUCGUCAUGUCGCUGCUGACUCACAUACUGGCCUGCCUUUUUGGUAUGGGCUCAUGGGUAGCCAUCAAUGGAAUGUGGGUGGAGCUCCCCCUGGUUGUGCCUGAGAUUCCAGAGCAUUGGUACCUGCCUUCCUAUCUCACAAUCCUCAUCCAAAUGGCCAACGUAGGUCCUCUGUUCAUCACCCUGAUGCAUCGCUUCCGUCCAGGAGAAUUAGAUGAGCGACCAGUUAUCUACUUUAUCGUAGCGCUGGGAAUUGUUGCAACAUUCCUGCUGUCUUUUUUCUGGAGGCAAACAGUGACAAUAGCUGGCUCAUUGCACAGUGUGCCACUGUUGAUUUUAAGUUUUCUGCUGUCUGUGGUGGACUGCACAUCAUCAGUCACAUUCCUGCCUUUCAUGAUGCGCCUACGUCCGCAAUACCUCACUACGUACUUUGUGGGAGAAGGCCUCAGUGGAUUAGUACCUGCACUUGUGGCUUUAAUUCAGGGUGUUGGUGUAGUUCAUUGCAAAAAUGUUACCUUGGCUGGAAACGGAUCAUCUGAUAAUUCCAGUAUCGUGGGAAAUGGAGAAUUACAAGCUGUCUACCAGCCUGCCAAAUUCUCUGUCCAGGUUUUCUUUGUGUUUCUCAGUGCCAUGAUGGUUGUGUGUCUGGUAGCCUUUAUCCUACUGAAUCACCAUCCCGCGGUAGCCCUGGAAAGAAAGAGUGACCGGUAUUUCAGUACGGACCAAGAGAAAAAUGAACAAGGAUUUUCUCUGCACGCCCAGACACCGGAGCAGAAACCAAUGCUGAAUCAUUUGGAGUCUGUCCAAAAAGAACCAAGAAGUUCAUUUGGAAAGGGAACAUACAGCAACUUGGAAGUAGUGUUCAUCUUUGUCGUGCUGGCUUGGGUCAAUGCUUUGACCAAUGCAGUGCUGCCCGCAGUGCAGUCCUACUCCUGUCUGCCUUAUGGAAACAAAGCCUACCAUCUAGCAGCCACUAUGGCUGCUGUUGCUAACCCCAUUGCUUGCUUCAUUGCCAUGUUUGUGCCAAUAAGGUCUCUCACCUUCAUGGGGUCUUUGACCAUUUUUGGUACAGGCCAUGGGGCCUACAUCAUGGCCAUGGCUGCACUGAGCCCUUGUCCAUUGCUGGUCCAUAGUACCUCUGGAACUGCUGUCAUAGUGCUGGCCUGGAUCUUUUUCGUGCUGUCACUGUCUUAUGUGAAGAUCAUCAUUGGGGUGAUUCUGAGAGAUGAGGGACACAGCGCCCUCGUGUGGUGUGGUGCUGUAGUACAGCUUGGCUCCAUGCUUGGUGCUUUAACCAUGUUUCCACUGGUUAGUGUCUAUGGACUGUUCAGGUCAGGUGAUGCCUGCAACACCAAGUGUCCAUCAUAGACAAUAAACGCAUCAGCAUUAAACACUACUGAGCAAACCUUAGACUAAACUGUACUUAUGAUAGAAGCUCUGAGUUCCAGCUGGUAUGUUUCUUGCUUCAGGAAGAAUGAGAGGUCACAGGUGAUUCCUCACUUCUAGACUUAUUUAAAGUAUUUAUACAUGGAGUGAAAGUUACCAAAAACUAUUUAUAUCCACAUGGUCAUAAAUUCAGACUAUGAUAGACCAAAACUGAAGCUAUCUAUUAAACAUUCAUUUUACUUGAAAUGUUGAGGUGAUAUAAAUGUAUUAAAGUAGGCUGUUUUUGUCCCUGUAUGAGGAAAUUGUAGUUUUGGCUUUUAAAAGUGCCUUAGUUUCUGUUGCUUAUGAAAUGAAUACAUUUUAAUUUGUAUAAAAUACUGUUUAAAUGGGCUUUGUUACUGGAGGGUGUUUGUUGGACAACACCAAAUAAAUGGUAAAUGGUCUGUAUUUGAUAUAGCACCUUCUAGAGUCAUGGAACCCCCCAAGGCGCUUUACAACACAAUCAGUCAUUCACCCAUUCACACACACAUUCAUACACUGGUGGGGAUGAGCUACAAUGUAGCCACAGCUGCCCUGGGGUGCACUGACAGAGGCGAGGCUGCCGAGCACUGGCGCCACUGGUCCCUCCGACCACCACCAGCAGGCACCGUGGGUUAAGUGUCUUCCCCAAGGACACAACGACAGAGACAGACUGAGCGGGGCUCAAACCUGCAACCUUCCGAUUGCACUUAACUCCUGUGCCACCAUCGCCCCACCUGUAUAAAUUGAGUUAUGUGUAAUAAAGUGAAAAGACACAUGGAAAGCACCUAAUUUACUGAAAACAAAUAUUUUAUUAAUCUAAUCCAAGAUUGUAUGAACCAUAAGCAGAAAAAUGGCUUUUGGUGUAUAAAAGAUGUUUGCAAGAGAGUUGAGCAAUAGAACUUAACAUGUGACUGGCUUUGGUAAGAAGAGUGGACUUGUUAGCCUAACCUUAAGCUUGUAACUUUUUUGAAUUACAUUUAGACACUAAACACACACAAAUGUUACUCCAGUUAUGUGCAUUUUUAGUCCUAUUUUGUAUUGUGCUUGUGAAUCACAUUUUUUUUCUUGUAAGGCAAACAAACAUUUUCUCUUGUUUAUUUGUUUAUUUGAUUGCAUUGAGGUGUCACAUAAAUAUUUUUAUUGUA